AUGGCUGAAGAAGAUCCAAAGGGCCCUGGAGGCCCAAUCUCUCUUUCUUUUUCAGGUAGUGGGUUUCUUGUAAACUACCAAGUAGGAGUGGUGCAGGCUUUAUGGGAAUUGGCACCUGAAAUAAUGAGAUCAACAUCCAAGGUCUACGGAGCAUCGUGUGGGUCAGUUGUAGCUGCAGCAGUGGCAUGUGAUGUUGACAUAGGUCUGAUAGAAGAAUUUUUUCAUGAAGCUAUGGAAGAAGCCAAGAAAGCAAGUAGUUUCACCCUUUGUCCAGGUUACCGUAUGCUUCGGAUCAUAGAGAAGCGGCUGAGUCAAACACUGUCGGAGAACUCACACCAGCUGGCUUCGGGGAAGCUUUGCAUUUCCCUCACGCGCUUGUUGGACUUACAGAAUGUCGUCAUUUCAGAAUACAGAUCAAAGGAGGAGCUCAUACAGGCAGUGAUCUGUAGCUGCUUCCUUCCUAUCUAUUGUGGAUUCAACCCUCCCUCCUUCCAAGGCAUGCGCUACAUUGAUGGAGGUAUGACUAACGUGCAGCCUGGCUCGGACUCGGAAACCACGAUCACGGUAUCCCCUUACACAGGAGAGGUCGACAUCUGCCCGAGGGACUGCCCUGCCUAUUUCAACUGCAUUGGCUUCUUCCGAAGCACCUUCCAGCUCUCAGUUGAGAACUUGUGCAGGUUUAGUUAUAGUAUUUUCCCACCCAGUCUUUCGGUGAGUAACCUCAGGGACUGCACAGUGCCAGAUCAUUUCAGUAUUGCCAACUCCAAGCAUGUGAGGAUCAUAAAUCAUGAAUCAUGAGAUUGCUUAAAAAUUGCCUUAAAAAAAAACUGCCUUAGAAAAAAAUUCUGGGUAGGUUCUAUUUGCCUUCUGAUGUUUCAGCCUUUAGAAUUCGAAUUUUCAGGCUUUUUUCCACAGCAAUGUUUUUUAAUGAAAGCUGAGAUGCUCACCAAAAAUAAAUAAAUAAAUAAAUAAAAGUAA